CCCUUGUGCCCCAUGCGGUCCCGCGCGGCUUUCAGCAUAUGCUGAAAAAAAGAGUGUUCUCUCCUCCCAUUAGCCCCCUCCCCAGAAUAUAAUGUCUAACUCAGACGAACAUGCCUACAAUCCAGGAAAUGUCCCAGACAGUAGGAAAGGGGGACCCCGCCUCAAGAGGUUUUUGCAAAUGCCUUUACUGUAUAACAAGAAACAUAUCCAGAUAUGCUGCAGAUCUUAAGCCUUUGCCUCCCAACAUCAAAGAUAAAUUGAUUAAAUCGCUAAGUGUCCGAGGACUAUUGACGGAUUCGAAUAUUAGUAUGGUUCUGCAUCCUGCAGUGGAGACUCUGGAUCUUCGGGACUGUGAUAUUUCAGAUAAUGCUCUGCUACAGCUUUGUAACUGCAAACAACUUAAAAAAAUAAAUUUAAAUGUUUGGAAAGAUAACAGACUGACAGUUACUUCAGAAGGAGUUGCAGCGCUGGCCUUGUCAUGCCCCUAUUUGUAUGAAGCCUCUUUUAAAAGAUGCAGCAACCUUACAGACAGCGGAGUCCUUGCCCUUGCUCUUCACUGCCCACUUUUACGAAUAGUUAACAUAGGUGCUUGUUCCAGCAUCACAGAUGCAUCACUGCAGGCACUUGGGCAGACCUGUACACACUUACAUAGUGUGGAUUUUUCAUCAACUCAAGUUACUGAUGAUGGUGUUAUAGCCCUUGUUAGUGGAAAGUGUUCAAACAAUUUAAAGGAGAUUCAUAUGGAGCAUUGUGUAAAUCUGACAGAUGUAGCUGUGGAAGCUGUCCUCACUUGCUGUCCAAGGAUAUACAUCCUUCUCUUCCAUGGAUGCCCAUUGAUAACAGAUCGUUCCAGAAUAGCUCUGGAGCAGCUAGUUGGACCAAAGAAAUUUAAGCAGGUUUCAUGGACUGUUUAUUGAUUUUAUUUGUUUAAGUUGUAAACAGUAGCUCUUUUCCAGGAAAGAACCAUUGCUGGGAAAACCUCUCUUGUAACCACAUGUAUAGACUGUAUUUAUUCCCGUUGACAGCCUCAGUUGCUGUACAUGUUCCUUCUUGUCCAACCUUAGUUGCAUUAAUAUGUGGAUGUUCAAAAUAACAAGUUUUGUUUUAGUCUUUGUAGAAGGGCAACACUUGAGGGCUGUAACAAAUCAUUACAUUCCAAGUAAGACAUUCUGUACUGAUGAAGGGCCAACAUGCAAGAAGUUGGAUGAAACAGCAAGGCCCAAGAACAAGUCCUGCAGAAGUUUCUCAUAGGGCUACCUUCUCAACCAUCACUGAUAAGAACCUUUUAUGUGUCAAGUUAGUGUUUAGAACUUGAACUGCACUGUAUUCAUGCUACUUCUCAUGUUGAAAUAAAAAUACCAACCUUCAA